AGGAGUGUGUCAGGCAUGAAGAGAAAUCUAUUGUUGAGGAUUCAAGUUUGUGCCGAUGCUGUUUGUGAUACUACAGUGCCAGAUGAAGCUGUUGAUAACAAAUUUAACAUUAAUCCACAGUUCUCUUCAGAACGGGCAACUGACCUGAAUAAAUUGACAGUGGUGGAAGGGAACGGCAAGCUUGACUUUGGAGAGUAUGAGCUUGAACUUUGGGAUCUGAGGUAUAAUUCAAUGCUUCAAGGCCACGUCAAGAAAAUGCAGGGAGGACGGAAUAACAGUAAGUCGUGGUUGUGCGAUUGGCUCAGACCCAUGUGCCUCCCAAUCACAAUCAUCGUCACGUUGUCAAUGCUGAUUGUUGUCGUUGCCAUUCUUGAUGACAACGUGACAAACAAUGAGGCCAAGCAGUUGAAUUGUAAUAAGUGCAGUUUCCAAUUGGUUGAGAGCAUCCCAGAGAACCUGACAUACACACCUGGGAGUGUGCAUUAUCCAAGCAUCUACAAUGCAUGGGUUACUCUCAUCAACAGUGCGGAAACCUCCAUUGACAUUGCAGCUUUUUAUUGGACGCUCUUGUCGGAGGAUGUUGGAAAGAAGCCUCAUCCUUCUGCGUGGGAAGGGGAGGAUGUUUUGCAUCGUCUUAAUGUCACUGGUCAGCGUCCGAAUAUAGCAGUUAGAAUAGCUCAGAAUGCACCGUCGAAAGUAUCUCCACAGCGUGAUAGUGAAAUGCUAGCCGAGGCCGGGGCAGCAGAGGUUCGAAGUGUGAAUUUCUCGCACUUAAUGGGUGCUGGCGUUCUGCAUACGAAGAUGUGGAUCGUUGACGGCAAGCAUAUUUAUCUCGGAAGUGCAAAUAUGGAUUGGCGAUCCCUGACGCAGGUCAAGGAAGUUGGUAUCUUGAUUACAAAUUGCUCAUGCUUGGCUGAAGACAUGAGCAAGAUUUUUGAGGUAUACUGGCAGUUGGGCAAGAAAGGAGCUGAGAUUCCUGCUGUUUGGCCUCGCGACUUGCAGACGGAAUUCAACAUAGAGAACCAGAUGUCCUUACCUCUCAGUGGGGCUGAAGUAAAAACUUAUCUCUCUAGUUCUCCACCACCAUUCUGCCCAAAAGGGAGGGCCAAUGACAUCGAUGCUAUUGUUGAUGUUAUAAACAAAGCAGAAAAGUUCGUGUACAUUGCAGUGAUGGAUUAUUUCCCCAGAAUGCUAUACAGCAAAGAUAAGAAGUUUUGGCCAGUUAUUGAUGACAGGUUACGUGCCGCUGCAUAUGAGAGGAAGGUGCGUGUGCGUCUCUUAGGGUCACACUGGAACCACACACGAGCUGACAUGAAGUAUUUCCUGAAGUCUUUGCAGGAUCUCACAAACACAUUCAUCGGAAUAGAUAUUGAAACCCGCUUGUUUGUAGUGCCAGCAUAUACUGAUGAACAGCGGAGCAUUCCAUUUGGCCGUGUAAAUCACAACAAAUACAUGGUGACAGAUAACACAGCCUAUAUAGGCACAUCAAACUGGAGUGCGGACUAUUUCAUAAACACUGGUGGCAUCGGGUUGGUCGUGAAUGAAACGGAUUCAACGGUGGCAAAAGGCGCUGAAGCAAAGGCAGAGGCUCCUUCCCUUCGGCAGCAGCUUCAAGCUCUGUUUGAAAGGGACUGGACCUCGGAACAUGCGAGGCCCAUCGAGGAAUUUUUUUAGUUUGGAUGCGGGAGAGAGUUUGACGAUUGUCUGAAGGUUUUAUCUGUUUUUUUUUAUUUUUUAUUAUUAUUAUUUUUUUUUUAUUGACAUUUUUAUACCCAUUAACUUGCUUGUUUUAUUUAUUUUGUAUUGGGUUUACAUAUAUAUAGAUUUAUGAAUUGGUCAUCCUAUCAGACAAUUUUAGUAAAAGGCAAUAUGAUGUGUAAAUAAAACAAGUCAAGAUAUUAAACAGGUGUUUCAUGGCUUAUGGAUAUUAUUGGAAAGUUAUUAUACAAGUUGUAAGUUAUUGAUAUUGAUAUUUCCCAUCUAUUUUAACUACUAAGUAUGGAUAAAUUGUAUUCCUUUUUUUCUAAACAAUGUGAUAAGAGAAUGUUAUUUAUCAGUUCGUAUUACUGUUUUGAUCCGUUUUUAAUGUUUAAUGAAAUCAUUUUCUGCAUAUUUGAUCAUUCACCAGAUGUCACAAAUGUCAUUUCAUAUGUUGGGCAAUAAUAUCAGCAAAAAAGUUCUGAAAAGUUAUUAGAUAUAUGUUUUGAAAAUGGUGAUUUGUUACAUAAAGCAAUUCAAUUACUUUUUCCAAAAAAUUUGAAUGGAUAAAAUGAAACCGAAGCUGAUUUAGAAUGUACCUGUAAGAUUUAGCCUAUUCAAAUUAUUCAGAUUUUUUUUUGUCUUUUUUUCAAAAUGCAUUAGGAAGAAAAUUAAAAGGUGUAGACAAAACAAACAAACAAACAAACACUGUCAAUCAACCAGUGCAUAAUAUAGUAUUUUAAAGGAAUGUGGUAUUUGUAAUAAGUAUAAAAUUGAUCUUUAAAAUAAGGAGAAGUUAUUAAGGAAUUAUCAAAGUCACUGAUUCCAAAUUUAAUAUAAAUACGCUUAACACACAACACACCGCACACCACACACCACAACCACACAUAUUUCACUAAUUUCAAGUACGUUUUGUCGUACCUGCGAGCCUGAUUUAAAUAUGCUACUGAUUUAGUUUUAAUUAAGAAUAUUAAAAAUAAAGAUGCAGUGAGCAGUGGUUAUAUCAUUUGCGAUUUACAUUAAGAAUUUUUGUGAUGGAGGAUGUAAAUAGCAUUGAUCGUGUAUUUACUUUUGUACAAUGACAUACUUAAGUGGUGACGCACUUUUUACAAUAAGACAGUCAUUGAGGGUUUUUGACAAAGAUGAAAUAUUGUGGGAUUUUUUUAACAUCUAAAUAGCCUGUUGUCAUGAUAAUAUUUCUUGUAUAUAUAUAUAAUUUUUUUCUUGUGUUUGUGUCUGUUUAUUUAGACUUCACCGGCAUUCCUUUUACUUCAGAUUGUGUGUUCUUUUUUUAAUCUAUCUUUUCUCUUUCGUUAAGAAUUGUGUUUAAACAGAAUGCUUAUUUUAUGGCAAGAUAGUAAAAUUUCUUGUGAUUGGGGUUCAGAUAAUUUUUACUUGUGUUUCUUCAAUAAUAUGGUCUCUUUACAGGAAUCAUAUUUCAUAAUUCAUAGUCAAUGAUUUAUCAAGUAUUCCUACAUAAAUAUUUAUAUAUAUUUUGAAUUCAUGAACAUAUAUCAAUUUUCAUUGUAUAUGAAGACGUUUAUGUUGUACUAAUGAACAUCAAUGUUAUAUAAUCAGAAAAUAGUGUUAGCAGAUAGGAAAUAAUUUUAAAAUUUGUGUAAUGAUUCAGGUCGCAAAGGUAUUAUUAUUUAAUUGCUUUCACUGGAAAUUACUAUAAUAUGUUAAAAGAAUUCUUUAAUUGAUAUCAAAAUUUAAGCUUAAUUUUAAUAUCAUGUUAUAUGUUUUAUGAUGUGUAUAUUUUUAUAAUGAGAAAUGCGUUCCAUUCAGAGGUUUGUCUUUGUGAAAUUAUUCUUUGGCAUUAUAAUGAUUUUGUAAAAAUAAACAGGAU